GUUAGGUAAGAAAUUAAUUAAUGUGAGAGAAUUUUUUAUAUUUUUAUUCAUAUUUAUGCUGAUUUAGAUUCUAUUAAUUUAUAUCUGGUUUAAAAAUUCGAUUAAUAAUACAAUCGUACAAUAAUAAGUACACGAUGUUUUACUUAAAGUAGAGAAUUCAUAUUUAGGUUAUUUAUCCAUAUUCUGUGGAUACAUAAUAUUUUAAUAUUAUUACGAAUUACUCCAGAGUUAAGAUGAAAUUUAAAGAAGGAUUUCGACAAUUUAUAAAGAUCAGGAAACUUUGUACGCAGUUUAAAAACUUAACAGGAAAGAACAUUGAAGACAAAAAAAUAUAUAUGCCAGAACCAGAAUAUAAUAUAAAAUUUUUAUGCAAUCCUUCAAAUCGUGAUUACAUUAUAAAUAAUGUGAGAAAGCGGAAGGGAAUUGGUGAUAUAGACAAAGUUCUUGAACUAUAUAAACAAACAGAAAAACGUGAAAUGUUUUUAAAUGAAUUAAGCAAGAUACCAAAUGAUACAGAUUCAGUUGUAUUUAAAUAUGGAGAUACACCACACAGAUUAAAACUAUGUGGGUCUAAGCCUGAAUUUAAUUUUGAGCCAAAAGAAUUUUCUUAUUUAGCUAAAAAGUUAAAACUUAUGAGGACACAAGGAUUGGGAGCUUUAAUGGGAAGCCGAUGUUAUAUAUUUCAAGGUGAAUUGGCUGAAUUAGAAAAUGCUCUUAUUCAUUACACAGUAAAAAAGUUAAUUAAACAUGGAUUUCAACUUGUGUCUGUACCGGACAUUAUACCAUCUGAAAUCAUAAAAAGAUGUGGCUUGCUAACAGAUGGCCCAAGAUCACUUGUAUAUAAUUUGAGCAGAAAUUAUGGAGAUGAUUAUAGCUUGUCAGGAACAGCUGAAAUGUCAUUAGCUGCAAAGUUGAUUAAUUCUAAAUUUUCUUAUAAAGAUUUACCAUUAAAAAUGGCAGCUAUUAGUAGAUGUUAUAGAGCAGAAAUAUCAAGCAUUAUGAAUGAAAAAGGAAUAUACAGGGUUCAUCAAUUUACCAAAGUUGAAAUGUUUGUUUGCUCUGAACAAAAUAAAUCUUCAGAAAUAUUUCAGUAUUUACAAGAUAUACAGGAAGAUUUAUUCUCUUCUCUGGGAUUACAUUUUCAAAUACUUGAUAUGCCAGCUCAUGAAUUGGGUGCUCCUGCUUAUAGGAAAGUAGAUAUGGAAGGUUGGAUGCCUGGAAGGAAACUAUUUGGUGAAUUGUCAAGCUGCAGUAAUUGUACAGAUUAUCAGUCUCGCAGAUUAAAUAUAAAAUAUCAAUCACAUAAUGGCGAAUUUAUUCAUGUUCAUACAUUAAAUGGUACAGCGUGUGCAAUACCUCGUAUGAUAAUUGCAUUAUGUGAAACUUAUCAAACCGAACAUGGGCGUAUUAAAAUUCCAGAACCAUUGAUACCAUUUAUGAACGGUAAAACAUUAAUACGAAAACAACCAAUUGCAUCAACCAGCAUAUAUAAAUAAGAUUUUAGAAAAAAAGUAUAAUUGAUAUUGAUACAUUGUUACAAUUUGUUAUAAGAGAAGAACUGUUUAUGAAAUAUACAAAUCCUUAAAAAUAUAAAAUCAAUAAAAUACAUGAAAAAUU